AUGAUCAUUCUUUCAUCUGGUAAGAGCAAUAGGAAAUAUGAUAACAAUGCAAAUUCAGUCCCAAAUGAAUUAAUUCUAAGGACCGAAAGGAUAAUAGCUGAAAAUGAGACACCAAAUUUACUGGGAGAUGAUUUUUUUACAUUUGAACAUGAAAAGGAUGAAAAACUCCAAAAAGAUGAUUCACCAUACUUGAAAGUUUAUAAUGAUAUAAAUGAACUAAAUAAAUUAAGUGUAAGUUCAACCAAAUUGUGGAGAAACUUAAUUCAAAAUAUGAAAGAAGAUUAUGAUAAGAGAACAAAUAAAAUGGAUGAUAAAUGGAAAAAUUUUAUGUGGAAUAUGAUAUGGGAAAAGCAUUAUUUACAAAAUGUACAUCGUCUCAUUAACAAAGCUCUGCAAGACUUAAAUAACCCUGUAACUAAAAAAGAAGAAAUAAUUAAUCAGUGGUUCCAAUGGACGGAAGAAGGUUUAGAAAUUUACCUCAAAUGUAUUAACGAUCUAUGGAAUAAUGUAGUUUCAAAUAAACUUGCAAAAAAUAUGAACAAUCAACAAGCCAUAAGUGACAUUACAGAAGUAUUAAAAAAACAGUUGCAUUCUAAAGAAAAUGAAAACGAAACAUGA